AGCUCCGAACUGAAGAGAGGCCAACUCCCAAACAAAGAGGCGGCCCAGCUCAGGGUUUCUGGGCGAGGCCAGCCCGGCUGGGAGGAACGGAGCCCGGGAAUCGGAGCGGGGCGAGCCGGGAGGGUGGGCGCUCGGGAAGCGGGGCGGGGCGGGCCGGCAGGAAGUGCCCGGGGUGCUGGGCUGGAGCCGGGCCGCCCGCACCCUGACCCUCUGAAGGUGGGAGGGCCCGGAGCGCGGCGCGGGUGCCCAGGCGAGCGCCGCGGCGCCUCGGGAGGCUGCGGGUCCCGUCGCUGCGUGAGGAGCCCCGCUGCGGGAGGCCCGGCCCAGCAACCAUGGCCCAUUACAAGGCCGAGCAGGACGACUGGCUGCUCGUCUACCUGAAGUAUUUACUCUUUGUCUUUAACUUCUUCUUCUGGGUGGGUGGGGCCGCCGUCAUGGCCGUGGGCCUCUGGACCCUGGUGGAGAAGAGCGGCUAUCUCAGCAUCCUGGCAUCCAGCACCUUCGCUGCUUCUGCCUACAUCCUCAUCUUCGCAGGGGCCCUUGUCAUGGUGACGGGCUUCCUGGGCUUCUGCGCCAUCGUCCGGGAGGACAGGAGCUGCCUCUCCACAUACUUCUGCCUGUUGCUGGUGAUCUUCCUCGUGGAGCUGGUGGCAGGGGUCCUGGCCCACAUGUACUACCAGAGGCUCAGUGAUGAACUGAAACAGCACUUGACCCGGACGCUGGCUGAGAACUACAGGCAGCCAGGAGCCGCGGACAUCACAACCUCAGUAGACCGUCUCCAGCAGGAUUUCAAGUGCUGUGGAAGUAACAGCUCCGCCGACUGGCAGCACAGCGCAUACAUCCUGUCUCAGGAGGCCGAGGGCCGCCGGGUGCCAGACAGCUGCUGCAAGACGGUGGUGGCCCGCUGUGGGCAGCGGGCCCAUCCCUCCAACAUCUACAAGGUGGAGGGAGGCUGCGUCAGCAAGCUGGAGCAGUUCCUGGCUGACCACCUGCUGCUCAUGGGGGCAGUGGGCAUCGGGGUGGCCUGUCUGCAGCCAGGAAUGAAUCACAUGGUCACUCUCUUCCCCAGAAAAGAUGAAGGAAAAUGCCUGGGGGCCUGGGGGACAACUUGAACUUGUAAGAGACCUGGGAGGAGUGUGAGUGUGGGCUCAGAUCUGCGGGAUGGUUCUCACCUGUUGCUUGCACCGGAGGCUCCAGCUGCAUUUUUACUAACGGCUGACUGCGUUCCCCUCCGACUGCCCCUCACAAGGACAGGUGCCCAAAUCCCAUCUUCCAGGCCCGCAGAGUCGGCACCAGCUCACCUAGAAACUCCCAGAAACUCCCCCUACUCUUCCCAGCCCCUUUGGAUCCACCAAGUGCCCAAGACUAUGGCUCCUGUGAUUCCCACCCAGGCAGGGGGGACCCAUCCUGUGUGGAAACAACAACCAGCACCCCUCACCAGGCCUGGGGAUCCUGUGGACGACAGGAGGGUGAUAAUCAGACCCUCCACUCCCUCCCAGCUCCAGAACCUAGAAUGAAGGUCUGAAAGCCCCCCUGGGAUGCCUGCAUGGGGCACAUGAUCUCCCCACUGGUGCUGAGCACCCCUCUUCUUGUCUCUGCUUGGUGUGUUUUUCUCUACCCGCGGGGAAGUGCUUACCGGCGGGGGGAUGAAAGCAGUUAGGGUUGGCUCUGCCCCCAGAAGAUCCAGCCCUUUGAUCUGCCCGCCCCCACACCUCCUCACCUGGGAGUACCCCAGCCGUCUGGGGUCUGGUUCCUUCCCGCAGGGUCUGGCAGCAGAGAGGCCUGAGGUGAGGCCCCGGAACUGGGGUUGGGCAGCAGCAGGCUGGUGGGGCCACCAGGGCAGGGAGGAAGGCAGGUAAAGCGGCCACACCAGCACAUGCUGCACUAGGACCUCGCAUCCAGCCUAGAAACCUUCCCUGGGAGAGGUACCGCAGAAGACCAUGGCCUUGAGCUCCAGUCUACAGUAAAUGACCCUCAGGGGUCUCCCCUCUAGGGCCUGAUUCUCUGCAAUGCCAGGUGCUUUAAAUGAUCUCCAGCCCUUCAUGUCGGUGGGAGUAAAAAGCCUUCCUGAUUAGGCCAAAUCCCAGACCCUGCAAAGUUGGAGCUCUGAGUAGAAGGGUCCUGUGCCUGGAACCCCAUUUUUCCUGGGCCCACAAUCCCCAACCACAUACGGCCACCACCAUUCUGCCUCCAGGAGCCCUCGCUCUGCUUCCCAGAGUAAAUAGAGUGGCUUCUUUUGGCUCUCUCUUGCGUCUCUGAAUCAGGCAGGGAGUUUUCAGGAACAAUUUUCUCAAAUACUAAGGGAGAACAGAACAGAAAGAAAAUCCUAGAAAAUGCAGAAUAUAGAUGCUGGCAGUUUUCCAAAGAACAGGUGUCAACUUGUAAGACAGCCAUGGAGACGAGACCCUCCCCCUCCAAAUAGCUAUUACAAGUGGGUAACUUGUAGCGAGAGAACCCCACACCUGGCUUCCCACCUUCCAGGUGCCGUGCUUCCCGUGCUGGGGACCCUCUUACAUCCCACCAUGAGGGAGUGGCCCCUUGUUGCCAAGAUCAAGGGCAAGAAAGGUCACACCUUACCUCCUAACUCCUUCUAGGCCCCAGUCUGAUGAGCUCAGUUCUCGGUGACCUGGGGAGUCCUGGGUGAAGGGUGUUCUCCCUCCCAUACACAGCUCACUGCCGUCCCUAAACACAGCCCUCAACUGCACAGAAACCGUACUUGCUCAGAACAAGGAUUCCCCACACGCACAGAGGGAAGACCAGGUUCCGGGGGCAGAUUGCCUCCCCUAUCCUGGGGAAUCUUCUUGCGGCUUCUGUCCUCCACCCUCAGGGCCCUGGGGCUGCUGAUACAAGUUCAUUAACAGGACACCAACUUUCCAGCAAUCCCAGACUGCACCAAGGCUGGAAGAAAUUGCGCUGUGACUAGCUUUGCUGCCCUCCAGUUUCCUGGGACUCAUGCAGACAGUUGAAAAAUGACCGACUCUCAAGCUGUGUGCAGCUGGGCGCAGGCUGCCAGGUGUUACCAAGUGAGGGCUGAGAGAGAGAGUUCCUCCUGGGCAGGCAGCGAUGCCCGGGGAGGUGCUGUGUCCUGUGGGACAUGUCAGCCCCUGGCGGAGUCCCUGCACUCUUUACUGAGGUCAGCUGGGCUUGUGGAGACGGGGACAGGGGGAUGGGCGGGAUCGCUUGCACACCUUGUUGUCUGUCCCUGCCCCCCGAGGUGGGUUAGGCUGUCCUAGGCUAAGGGCAGGUGAUUCCACCCUGGGCACCUGCCCACCCAGAGGGCAGCUGGAGGAUGGAUGGACCAAGCUACAGAGAGAGAAUGACCCAGAGCUUUGGGGAAUGGUGACCAGCUAGCUCAUGCUCACAGCUUGGGAGGGGUGAGGGUUAGAGGGAACUGAGGCCCAGGAUGUGACAGGCUCCCCGCUCAGGGCAUACAAAGGGCUGGGGUCUGGAGCCAAGGAUGCCGUCCCCAGUGAGGUGUGCCCACCCCACCUGAGAGGACGCAGAUCUGCGCCGCCCAGGAUGACUGCCCCCAGGGCCCUGCUUGGAGACAGAGAGAGAGAGAGAGUGAGCCAUGACUGUUGAAAGCUGUCCUCAGUCCUGUGUGAGCAAAAGGCCCCUACACACUGGGACCCAGAAAAGAAGCCAGCAUUUUGUAAAGGUCAGAACAUGGCGGAUGCUGGGAUGCACACAACCUGAGUCCCCACAACCUCGGCCUUCCCUCCCGCAGCGCGCAGGGGUGGACAACCCCAGGGCACGGCAUGUCCCCCACUCUCCGGAUGACCUGUGUUGGGGGAGGCAAGAAUGAAACUCAGUGUUUGGUGAGGAGAUGAAGUCUUGUUUAAAAUGUUUGUGACCACCCUUUUCUUCUCCCUACCUCUCCUGCCAGCCUUGCCCCAACCCCAGGGGCCCCUCUGGCCUCGCCAUGGGGGAGCGUCCAGGGCCUUGUGGUUACUGAAGGCCUACUGUGUGCUUAGAGUAUGUUAGUCGUGUAAGUGCUUUCUCUCCCGGUGAUCACAACGGGAAGGCACCACCAUUCCCCCCACUCUGCAGAUGAUGAAAUUAAGGCUCGGAGAAAUUAAGAGGUUGGCCAGUCAGUAGCAGUGGUUGUCGACAUGCCACCCCCAGCCGUGUAGAAGCAAGGGGAGCCAGGCUGGGAGCCCCCUCUCCUCAGCAUCCCGCGGCUCCCCAUCUCUGCAGUAAGCUGUCAGGCUGCCGUGCAGGAACAGUGCGUCCCUCAGGGGCACUAGCAGCCGCAGCCUGGAACCCCCUCCCAGACUGGAUGAAACCAUCCAUCCGGCCCCGGCCUAGCGCACCCUGGACAUUUGCAAUCAGCAGAACAGUGUGGCUCCCUUCAGACUGACAGCCAGGCCCUCCUGGUGGAGUGGCUCAGGCAGCAGGCGGCCCUGGGGAACCGUCGCUCAGGGGAACAGCCAGCCUAUCACCUCGGGUGCCAACGCUGACACCAAGUGAGGGCAGACCAGACCUGAGCAAUCAGAAACCGCAAACAGGGUGUGGAAUCUGGUGCCCAUGUGGAGAUCACAUGUGGGGCCGUGGAGGGCUGAUGAGGGCAUGGUACACCCCUCUCCCUGCUCUGUACUGGGGGCCAGGGGAGAAACCUCAGGUUUCAUGCGCUCAGAGCCGCCCUGGGCAGGGGGGAGGCACCCCGGGUGGUGAUGUUAACCACCUUCUGCUACCUUUGCCUCCCCUGUGUUGUCAAUGCGGGACUCUGGGCUGGCACAGUGUGGUCGCUGUCGUAGGGAGGGGGGUGGCCUGAAAUCUCACCAGGCUGCUCACCCUGUGUGCUUAGACCUGGAGGGGCCAAUGCAGCACUGAGGGGGGUGAGGGUAGUGAGCCCCCCGGGACUCUUGGGCUCUGCAGCCAGUUUCAGUCUUAGGAUCUGUCACUCUGGUCCAUGCCUGGGGUUGGAGGUGGGGAAAGUGAAUUGAAACACUUUCAUCACCACCCACCCCACUUUCUGCCUUGAAAAUGCUACUUUCUGGCCACUUCGGGCCUGGGGAGAGAAGGGGAGGGGGAGGGAAGGCAGUUGACUAGCAAAGGACAGAACCCAUCUUCCAUGUCACUGCUGUGUGGUGCUCACAUCCCCGAGGAUGCCGGUGAUGUGUCUGAACCAGCAGUUCUCAAACUUGAGGAAGCAUCCGGCCACCUGGAGGGCUUUCCAACAGACUGCCAAGUUUCACCCCUGAGCUCCACAUCUGCAGGGGUGAGGCCAAGGACUUGCCAUCUAAUGAGUUCCCAGGUGCUGUUGGUGCUGCAGGCCCUGGAACCACCCUUUGAGAACCACUGCUUUAGACCACGCCACAAAGGACACUGCCACCUUCCUGUGUGUGCCACAACCCCCCAGAGUUCCGAAGCCCCUCAGGCUGUCCAGCUGGCCAGAAACGUGCCUCUCCAGCAGUGCCCUCUGGGUGGGUCUGUUAUCUCGGCCUGGAGACCAGGUGCCUGGGUCCUCUUCCCAGAAGGAAACAGAUCAGGUUCCCAGCCCCCUUUCCCACCGCCUUCUGUGUGCCUUGGGAGAGUCUGGCUCCAUUCUCAGCACCCCCACUUUCUAGUUUAGCACAUGCGCCCCCUUCCUCUCCUGCUUAUGCCCCCGAGUCACCCUGUGCAAAUGCCCCUAGGAAUUCCAGGCAGCCCAGUAAUAGGCCAAAUGGGCUUCUGGAACCAGCUGGCCCAUGUAUAUGGGAUCAUCACAGUAUUCUAGAAACAGAGAAGUUGCCUUAACCUCCUGCCUAUAGAGAAGUUGCCCUGGUUGUAAAUAUGCCCUCUCCUUAGCCGGCCUCAGCGUCAGCCUGGCCUCACAUGCUGGGUGGCAUGAUAAUAAAGGAAUUGUAUCUAGGA